AUGGCGGACGCCGUCUGGGAAUCCUACCGGCCCGAGCUGGUGCGUCUCUAUAUCGACGAAGGCCAGACGUUAACUCAAGUCAUGGAAUAUAUGGAAUCCAAGUAUGGAUUCGAUGAAAGAAAGUCGCAGUACGAAAAGUACUUCCGAAGAUGGGGACUGCGCAAAAACCAGGCCCUGACACCGUCCGAGGGGAAGUUCAUCGGGCGGCGAAUCGAAAAGAGAAAGAGGGAAUACCAGAAAGAGAGUGAGGUGUUUAUCAACGGGGUUCAAUAUACUUCCAGCAAACUGAAGAAGUCACGGUACAACAAAACCUUUGUUUCCACUGUGGAGAGCCUCCCGGGUGUUGAUUCCCCGAAAACCCCAGAAGGGAUCGUUGUUUGCACUCCUGCAUCACCGGGUAUGCAGCUAAACUGGAGCCCGUCCCUGCCAUGGUUGCAAUUCUCCAAGCUGCUCAAACCUGGACGAGACAACAGUCUGCCAACGUUACCGUCCGCCCUGACUAUGGCGUCGCCGCAGUCGCCCGGUUCUUUGACAAACAACGUAAACCGAGAUUUGAUGCAACGACUGGGCUCGAUUAUUCCUUGGAAGACGCUGUCAUGCCCCCCCAACACCUCCCGUAUAGUGACUGGACUUAAUAUUCUGAUGCCCGAGGAGUUCAAUGACCAGCAUUUUAUCCUCGCCACAAGGUUAUGCAGCACUCCACGCACGACGACGGAGACUCUUAACCUGGAACUCUUUUUGUUGUCCAAUAACAUCAUCUCCCAUGGUCCAAAUGGUAAAUCCGAAAAAAGUAUGGGCGUCCAUGACAGGAAUGUGAGGAAAUUGUUCCGCUUGUCUGGCUGGAAGAGCAAGAAGUAUAUUGAGAUAUUGCUAUCAACCCGAGAACCAACCGCAGAGGCCAUAUCAGAGAAAUUGUUUGCCAGUGCGCUGCGGCUCCGGGAUCUCGACACUUUGAAAAUGAUGUUGGAGGCCGGAAUGAACCCGAAUAGCCGAGCGUCUCGGUUAUUGCUGGCUUGGAAUGCAACCAUUACGCCAUCCUGUUUCGCAACUGCGGCAAGAAAAGGGAAUGUGGACCUGUUCAAGGAGAUUCUUGAUCGAGUUACCGAAGUGAAUCUACCGAUCCAAUGGAAGGAUACCAGCGUCUUGGAGCAGGCAGUACGGGGUCAAAAUGUCUCGAUUGUCAACCUUCUUCUUGCUAGAGGGGCAGAUGUAAACACACCGUGUCCCAUUUCGUCUAGCGACGAUAGGAGGACCACAGUCCUGGGGCUUGCAGUCUACUUUACGCAUCUGGAGAUGAUUCAGAUAAUGCUCCAAAAUGGUGCCAAUGUCAAUCCCGGACUAGAAGAGCCGUUUUAUCUUUCACCUCUUGCCUUGGCUAUUGAGGGCAAUGAUACGACAAUAACACGACUUUUACUUGAGGCGGGUGCUGAUAUCGAAAUUGCCGACGAGUGGAAAGACGAAUGGGAAGACGAGGGGAAACCAUCACUUCUUGAAUGCGCUCUCGAGAGAAAAAACGAGGAAAUUUGCAGGCUCCUGAUACAAUAUAGUACCAGGACGCUCAUGUCUGACCUAUAUGAGGAGUCUUCAGCCCUCCUCCUUGCUGUCCAGAAUGGUUAUUACGAUAUUAUCAAUGCUUUACUCCAAGCAGGGGCACCGAUAAACAAAGCCUACAAUAAUGCCCCAGGAACAGUGCUUGCAGCAGCCAUUGAAAAGGGAGAUCUAAUGCUUAUUCACUUGAUGGAGUCCGCCGGGGCUACAUUGAUCGGGCCACGGCUCCGACAAAUCGGAAACCUAGAAACUGCAAUGUAUCUGCAAGCCAGGGGAAUCCUGCAAAUCACCCUCAAAAAAUGCGGAGGAAAGAUUUUGACUUGUGCAAUUUAUUCUCAGAAGUUUGAUUUGGCGCAGUGGCUGCUUGCUCAUAAUAUUGAUGUUAACGGUCGUUUUCGGAAUACCGAGAAUUUUCCAGAAACGCCUUUGGAAGCCGCAAUUCGAAAAAAAUCCAACUCCUUUGUGGAGAUUUUGAUGACCCGCGGUGCUAAGGUGACCGACCGUGAUCUUUUUACGGCAGUGAAGUUUGGUGAUAUUUGUUUGCUACGUCGCCUUUUAACCGGUUUCCUUGGAUUUGCUCCCACUGCGAUUACAUUGGCGAUCGUGUCGAAGAAACAAGAAGCCAUGCAACUCAUACUCGAGGCAGGUGCAAAUCCAACAGGUAAACCAGACUUUGACCGCUAUUUUUAUCUGUACUAUGCCCUAGACUUUGACCUCGAAGCCCCGGAAUCGGUUCUUGAACCAGCGGCAAAAGUGGGCGACAUAUCAUUUCUUCGACUUCUGUUACGAUCGUGCAUCUGGGACAAACGGCUUACCGGUCGUGCAUUCACAGUCGCAAUCAUUUGUCAACAGACUAGGCUGAUAGAUGAUAUCCUAGAACUGGCGGUGGAUGUGAAUCAAGAGAUUAUGAUCCGCUACAAUGACGAGGAUUACGACGAUGACGACGAUGACGAGGAUGACGACGAUGACGACGAUGACGACGAUGACGACGAUGACGAGGAUGACGAGGAUGACGACGAUGACGACGAUGAAUGGUAUGAUGAGGAUGAUGAGUAUGAGGGAAGAUCAAGAUGGGAUGAGGGUUUUACCCCGCUACAGGCUGCGGCUAAGAACCAGCUUGUGCCCAUAGUUCAAUCGUUGAUCAAAAGCUCGCAUACAAAUAUUGACUACCUAGGUAAAGGCAAGCGGCGACGCACGGCCUUACAGCAUGCAGUGAGCAACGGAAACAUGGAAUUGAUCAACUUACUUCUUGACCAUGGAGCCGAUGUCAAUAGUGCACCAUCAUUUUAUGGUGGAGCAACCGCAUUGCAGAUUGCUUCCAUCCACGGCUAUCUGGGAAUUGCUCGCAAGCUCAUCGACCUAGGCGCGGAUGUUAAUGCCGCCCCUGCAAGAUUCGACGGCAGAACAGCCUUGGAAGGUGCUGCAGAACACGGUCGAAUUGACAUGCUUGGGCUUCUAUUUAACGAAGGAGCAUUGCUGGUGGGCGACUACGGUGAGCGCCAGUUUCGGCGUGCCGUGGCACUGGCCGAAGAAAACGGGCAUAUGGCUGCCGCGAACCUUUUGAAGGCUUCCAAGGAUCGGACGGACGAGACUGGGAAUUGA